AUGCGUGCCUUCGUCGUCUUGUGUUUGGUGGCUGUGGCCAGUGCCCAAUAUAACUAUCAGCCUGGUAGUGGUGGUGCAGGAGGAUCCGGAGGACGUGGAGGAAAUGGCGGAUUCGGAGGAAAUGGUGGCUCAGGGGGAAUUGGUGGCUCAGGAGGACUAGGAGGCUUUGGCGGAAAUGGCUUGGGAGGAGGCCAUGGAGGACAAGGAGGUUUCGGUUCCUCAUUGAGCGGACCUUCAUCUGGUGGUAUUGGUGGAUCUGGUCCCUCCUUUGGUGGUGUCAGCUCCGCUCCUGCCUUCGGAGGUUCUAGCGGUCCAUCCUUUGGCGGUGCCGGCUCUGCUCCUUCCUUCGGUGGCUCUAGUGGUCCUGUUGGCUCAUCCUCUUUCGAGGCUCCCGAAGCCCAAGGUGCUGUUGAGAAACAAUUCAUCACCUACACCGCCGACGAACAAGAUUUCAAUGAUCCUCAGGCCACCGAACAAUUUGCCAACUCUGUCAAGCAAGGUCUCCGUGUUGUCUUCAUCAAGGGUCCCGACAAUAGCGGUUUGGAAAAUGCCGCCCUUGCCUUGGCUAAACAAGCUGCCAGCCAACAGACUGCCAUCUAUGUCCUUAACAAGCAAACCGAUCUUGCCGCUCUGGCCAAUAAAUUGAACGCGGAGAAUAGCAAUUCCAACAACAAACCCGAGGUGCACUUUGUCAAAUACCGCACCCCUGAAGAUGCCGCCAAUGCCCAGAGAGCCAUUCAAGCUGAAUACGAUGCUCUAGGUGGCAAAUCGCAAAAUAUCGAUGGUGGUGUCGCCUCAUCCCUGAACUUUGCUUCUCAGGCUCCAUUUGCCCCAGCUUCUCAGGGCUCAUUCGGUGGCAACACCAAGCGUGACUAUCUUCCAGCUUCGAUUUUCCGUCGUUUCCGGUAA